CAAUCUGUGAUGCUAUCUCCUGGAGAAAUUACAAAAAAAAUUUCAAAGGAUUAUGACAAAAAGAGAGAGAAGGCAAAAGAAAGAGAAAGCACAGUGGAGUUCAAAAGGAGGAGAGAGAAAAAGGAGCAACAAAUUAAUCAUCAGAAAACUUGUGAAGUAAGAGAAGGAAUAUCUUAUGAAACUGGUGUUGACAUGAAUAACAACAUAUGUAGUGAUGAUGUUUGCGAAAUACCACCACCUACAACUGAACCAACCUGCACAGUACUGAAACUUGGAAUGGAUUAUGCAUAUGUGUCAUUUGAUUUGGAAACUACUGGACUUGCUCAAGAUUGUGAAAUCACUCAAAUUGGGGCGGCAUACACUGACGAACACAGUUUCAGCGAGUAUCUUCUACCUUCCAAACGAAUUUCAACUAGUGCUUUCGCUUUGACUGGUCUUACUGUUGCUGGGAACCAGAUGUAUAAGGAAGGUCAACCAGUUCAAGCAACAUCCCCAAGUGAAGGACUUCGGAACAUUUUGCAUUGGUUGUCUACAAUUCACAAGCCCAUAGUGUUAAUGGCUCAUAAUGCUAGAUUUGAUGCAAAUGUCUUUUGCCGUGCGUUAAUAGGAAACAAACUUAAGGAUGGUGCCGGGAAAGUUAUUCAAGCAUUUGUUGAUACUCUUCCACUGUUUAGGAAAAGUGUGCCCGGACUCUCCUCUUACAAACAGACUGAUUUGGUAAAAUGUCUCCUUCAAACAUACUACUGUGCACAUGAUGCAGCAUCUGAUGCAAAAUCUCUCCUACAACUUGUAAAUUCUCAGACCUUCUCAGAGGAUCUCUUUCUUCAACACAGUUUUUCACUUGACUCAUACAUCAAUGUUAUUCAAUAUCAUGAGAGAGUACAGAAGAACAGUUCAUCACUAAUAUGCUUAGUGGACAAUACUGUCAUUUCCAAAUUGAUGAUGACAAGUAUUGCAAAGUCUGGACUUUCUUUAUCACACCUUUUAUUGGCUUAUAAAAGAGACUCGGAAAAUGGUGUGUUCCAGCUGCUCUCUGAGAGAACAAAUGAAGGCAAAGCAAGGGUGACAUGCAAUAAGAAAAUCAUUGGAAACCUUUGUGUUUACCUUAAAAGCAUGAGUAAUUAAAUGGGCAAUUUACAACGGCCUUUAU